AUGAAUCUAUCGUUAGGCGAGGUAUCUGCAGUGAAUUGUACCGAAGAAUCAUACCAUGGAGAUAAGGUUAACUUUCCUAUGGGAAUUAUCGAGAGUAAAUGGAAUGCAUUACUGGAUGUUAUAGGAGAUAAUUCCGACAAUCUCUACGUGUGGUAUUCUAUGCUCUACUCGUACGGUUUGUUCUGGCUGCUUGGAGGGUUGUUCGUACUGAUGGAUCUGACGAAUCGACCUCACUGCAUGCGAAAGUACAAAACACAGCCCGGAACCAACGAACCACUCGAUUGGGAACGGUGCAAGCAACUCAUGCAAACAAUCGCCUAUAACCAGCUAGUUUUCGGUGUUCCGAUAACAUACUGCUCGUACCAUGCCCGAAAGCUGAUCGGGGACACGGUACCUGAUGUGCGCGUGCUACCCACGCUGGACAUUAUCCUGCGAGACAUGAUAGUGUGCAUCGUUGCCUGGGAGGUAGCAUUCUACUACACUCACCGUCUAAUGCACACGAGCUUCUUCUACAAGCAUGUCCACAAAAAGCAUCACGAAUGGAAGGCACCGGUGGCAUGGUCGUCUAUAUACGUGCAUCCGAUCGAGUUCAUCGUCAGUGGUCUGCUGCCAGUUUUCGUCGGACCGGCCAUCACGAAUUGCCACAUAUUCACACUCAACCUCUGGCUAACGUUCGUGAUGUGGGACACGCUAGGCGAUCACUCUGGCUAUCACCUUCCAUUUCUUGGUAGCUCCGAAGCACACGAUUACCAUCAUACGACCUUCAAUCAAUGUUAUGGAAACUUCGGCUGGAUCGAUCGACUGCAUGGAACUAAUGCAGAAUUUCGUAAGAAGAAACAAUACCAAAGACACUAUCGUAUUUUCAGUCUCAAAUGCGCCAGGGAGUUAGUACCAGCGAAAUAA